AUGGAUGUCUACAAUGAAGUGAAAGAUUUGCUGAAAGAUAAAUUCGACAUUACAAAUUUCAAAUGCGCUAGAGAAUCCAAAAAGCAGUUGAUGAAUUGCGAGAACGAUGGAAUGUCCAGUGAAAAGAUAGAUGUGCUUGAAGUCCAUUACAGCAGCAGUUGUGCGAAAAUUCCUGUUGAGACAAUCGGAGAAACGUUCCGUUUUGUGGCCAAUACAACAGCGACCGCAAUGGAACGUCUUCUCAUUGAGACCGAAAUGAAGGGACCUGGAUGGAUGAACAUUGCACAAUUUGCUCCCGCGACCGCAAGAGUUUCUCAUUGUAAGUACGAGUUUACGGUUGACAUGGAACGAAUGAAGAACAUCGUGUAUUUGAAAGAUCAAUCACAGCAAGCUCCUCCACUUCGGAUGUUGGUGUUGACUGUUUAUACAACUCUAAACAAGAAUCGGGAUAAUGAAGUU